AUGGAGAACAGGACGAAAGUGACACGGUUCAUUCUCCUUGGACUCACCACUGCCCCAGAACUGCAGAUGCUCCUCUUCAUCGUGUUUACUUUCAUUUACUUCAUCAAUGUGGUUGGAAACCUGGGAAUGAUCACGCUGAUUCUCUUGGACGCUCGUCUGCACACUCCUAUGUACUUUUUCCUUAGCAACCUGUCUCUGGUGGACUUGGGUUACUCUACAGCCAUCGUUCCUACGAUAAUGGCUGGAUUCCUUAUUGGAGACAAGGUCAACAUCUCCUACAAUGCAUGUGUUGCUCAGAUGUUCUUUUUUGUAGCUUUUGCCACUAUGGAAAAUUUCCUUUUGGCCUCCAUGGCUUAUGAUCGCUAUGCAGCAGUGUGUAAACCUCUACACUACACUACCACCAUGACGACAAGUGUGUGUGCAUGGCUGGCCAUAGGGUCCUAUGUCUAUAGUUUCCUGAAUGCCUCCUUCCAUAUUGGGGACAUAUUCAGUCUUUCCUUCUGUAAAUCCAACAUAGUCCAUCACUUUUUCUGUGAUGUUCCGGCUGUCCUGGCUCUCUCUUGCUCUGAUAAACACAUUAAUGAGGUGGUUCUUGUUUUCAUCUCGAGCUUUAAUGUCUUUCUUGCUCUUGUGGUUAUAUUGAUUUCCUACCUGUUCAUAUUUGUAACCAUCUUGAAGAUGCACUCAGCUCAGGGGCACCAAAAGGCUUUGUCCACCUGCACUUCCCAUCUCACUGCCAUCUGUAUCUUCUAUGGAACAGGCAUCUUCAUGUACUCACAGCCCAGCUCCAGCCAUUCCAUGGACACGGACAAAGUAGCAUCUGUGUUCUAUUCUAUGGUCAUUCCGAUGCUAAACCCUGUGGUCUACAGCCUGAGGAACAAAGAGGUCAAGAGUGCAUUUAGGAAGGUCAUUGAGAAGGCCAAUUCCUCCGUAGAAUUUUAA